UCGGUUUCUCCCACUGCCUUUUGGAUUUUAUAAGAGUUGUUGAAUUUGAUGGUGAUUUCUGCUCUAAUUUUUUGGAUCUAAUUUCUAUUUUGUUAGUUUGGAUUUGCAUGCUUGUCUUGAUGUUCAAUGAGAUCUCUUUCAUGACUGUAAAGUGAUUAUUUAACUCAAAUCCUUCAAAUAGAGUAUAAAGGGUGUCUUGCUUUCUUGAUUUUGCUUCUGAUGGGGAUAUAGGGUACUGUUACUUGUUAAUUAGCAGUACAUGUUUUUCAGUGAGUCAUCAGUUUACAAAUGGAGGAUAUGUAUACUAGAUGUAGAAAUUGAGGCUUCUGUGGCUUUGUCUGCAACAGUUUAGAUUUUGAUGCAGGACUCCUGAAUUAGUAGGACUAACGACCUUUGUUCCUUUGCUCUCUCCAGAUCUUCGCAGGACGAUGAACAACCCUUUUUGAAUUGUUUAUUAUAUCUUUUUGUGCUUAGGAAUGGGGAUUUGAUCUUCUCCAGUUCCUGGUUGUAUAUACCAGAUUGAUGUUAAAGGCUGUACUUUGGGCUUUGAUUUGGGUACUAUCAUAUUUAACUUUGUUAUCUUACAGUCUUACAAUUGCAGAUUCCAGUCAGUAUUUGGUCAGUAGAAUAUUGAAAAUCAACACUACAUGUGAGUGUUUCCAUUUGGGACUUCCUUUUGGACAUGAAUUUGUGCCUCUUAUCCCCAAUCAACCUCUCUGUAAGCAGUUUCGGCUUAUUAUUACAAAAAUGCUUGAAAGCAAAGUUGCUGCAACCAUGCAAGCAAAUUCAUGGAUUGAUGUUAAUAUCACACACUGACAUGAAUGCUUUGUCAUUGAAUUCAAAGCUCAUUGGUGCCUAUGCAAGUUGUGGGGAUCUAGGUUCUGCUGAGCUUGUGUUCCAAAGAACAACUAACCUGAAUAUUUUUGCGUUCAAUUGGAUGAUUUCAGCUUUAACAUUCCAUGGCUACCCUGAGAAAUCCAUUGGCUACUUCUCUCUUCUUCAACAAUCAAGAAUUAUUCCGAACAAGUACACAUUUGCUGUUGUGUUAAAAGCGUGUGUUGGUCUAAUGGAUCUGAACAAAGGAAAGGAAGUGCAAAGUAUGAUAUAUAGAAUGGGAUUUGAGUCAGAGAUAUCAGUUGCCAAUUCCUUGAUUGAUAUGUAUGGUAAAUGUGGUAAUACGGACUAUGCUCGUUUAGUUUUUAAUGUAAUGGUCGAGAGAGAUAUUGUAUCCUGGACAUCAAUGAUAUAUUCAUAUGCUAACAUGGGGAAAAUUGAAGAAUCCUUUAUUUUGUUUGAAAAAAUGAGGUUAGAAGGCACAAGGCCCAAUAAUUUUACAUGGAACGUAAUGAUCGCUGGAUAUGCUAGGAGAGGAGAUUGUCACACAGCUUUUAUGUUACUCUCUAAAAUGAGUGAAGAGGGGUUGACUCCAGAUUUGGUUACCUGGAAUGCAAUGGUUUCAGGAUAUGUUCAGAGCCACAGAUCAACUGAAGCUCUAGCAUUAUUGCAGGACAUGUUGGAUGCUGGAGUGAAGCCUAAUGAAGUUACUCUCACUGGGCUUCUUCCUGUCUGUGGGUUGAUUGACUCUGCAUGUACAGGGAAAGAAAUUCAUGGCUUAGCAUAUAGAUUAGAGCUUUUUGCUAAUGUCUUUGUUGCUAGUGCUCUCAUUGACAUGUACAGUAGAUGUGGGAGUGUAGAAGACGCUUGGAAUGUUUUCAGUUCCGUUCCUUUUAAGAAUGUUGCAUCAUGGAAUGCUAUGAUAGGUUGUUAUGGGAAGCAUGGCAGAGUAGAACAUGCAAUCAAAAUAUUUGAGAAGAUGCAGUAUGAAGGAGUGCUGCCAAAUGAAGUCACCUUAACUUCUAUUCUUUCUGCAUGUAGUCAUGGUGGUUUAGUUGAAAAGGGUUUGAAGAUCUUUUGGUCCAUGGAGGAGUCUUAUGGCAUUAGAGCAAAGAAAGAGCAUUAUGCUUGUGUUAUUGAUCUUUUGUGUCGUGUCGGGAGGCUAGAGGAGGCUUACGAUAUAGUCAAAGAUAUGCCAAUAGAAGUUACAGAUUCAAUUAUUGGCGCUUUCUUCAGUGGUUGUAAGGUCUAUGCAAGGAGAGAUCUUGCUGAAAAGAUGGCUAAGGAUAUAUUGCAGAUGGAUCUGAAGAAGCCUGAAGGUCUUGUAGCCAUUUCAAACAUUUAUGCUGCUGAGGAAGAGUGGGAGAAUGUUGAGAAUGUGAGGAACAUGAUGAAGGACAAGGGAUUAAAUAAGAUACCUGGUUCCAGUUGGUUGUAGAGGAUAGGAAUAGCAUGAUACACAGAAAUAGAUCUAGGAAUGUGAUGCUUUUAAACUAUUAGAUAAUGCAGGUGUUUCUGCUGCUAUUUGUUAAACUCGGAGGUUUUCAAGGCAAUGGGUCGAGGUAGAGGAAAGGGUAAGAAAUUGACUGUAAUUGACCCUGAUGAUCCAGGAAGUGAUGAGGAAGAAAAAAUCCCUACACAGAAGAGGAGAGGAAGGCCACAAAAAUCACUCAAAGAUGACAUUGAUGAAGAAGCAGCUGAGAUGAUUGAAGAGGAAGAUUCUGAGAGUGAAAAACUUGGAAUUCAAAACUUGGAGAUAAAAGGUUCUGCGACGGAAAAUGGGAAGAAGAGGAGGCGGAAUAGUCGGGUGAAAGAAAAGCAUGAUUCAGUAAAAGAGGAAAAUGGUAAUGGAACCAGAUCAAGCACUGAUGAAUCUGCCAGGUCCAAUAAUGUUUUCCGUCAUAGGCGAAAAAACAAGCCUCGUCGUGCUGCAGAAGCUGGUGUUAAGUGCAACUGACAUUUGGUUCUGCGUGAAUUUAAUCAUGAUUUGACGCAUAGCCCUUAUCAUGAAAGGAAAAUGAGCUUUGCUCCUGCACCCGUGGUUCGCGAGAAGGAAAAAUGAUGUCGCAUAUGGCACGAGAUAAUAAAGAGAGAGCUUCGUCCAUCGAUGACCAGCAGAUUGACGGAGCUCUUGGCAUUGCUUUGUUUUCUCUCCUUUCCUAUCAGCGAAUUCUGACCUUUUUGUUCGAAAUUUUUUCGUUUGUACUGAAUGCUUGCAGAAUCAAAUCCUCCCCGAAUAAGCAAGAAAGUCUAGGAAGAUACCAACAAUGGAUGGAAGGUCUCUUGUAAGCCAAAAGGUCCUACUAAGUGGUCGUAGUCGAACUCCUUCCUUGAAUAGUUACGGAAAGCUUUCAUGUAAUGUCUUAGUUCUCUUACUAAACUCUUCGACUUGGUUGGGAUUGUAACCUUGAAUUAGAGGGGAGACUUCAAUUUUAUGUGGUUCUCGGCU